UUCAUCAUUGGUUUACAACUAAUGGCAAUGCUUUGAAAGACGCAUCACAUGAUCACAAAACGGACGUCUGCUGAUAGCGCUGAAACCCACUUUACUUUCGUUUUGCAGCUGGGAGCGAGCAGUUGCACGCAGCAAAGAAAUUAUCUGUUAUAUAAACUAGCAUUAAAGAAAUGAAAAAUGGCGAAAUGUUGGAAAUCCAUGUUGUUGUUUGCUUUCCUUGUGAUUUGUGUUGAAGCAUCAAAGCAUCAAACUGCAAAAAAGGAGCAGAAAUCCCAGAGUCAAAAUGGAAGAUUCUCAUUCUUAUCAAAAUUAAAAUCACUCCAUCUCAGUGGUUUGGGCAAUGUUAUAUGUCCUGAUGGAGUAACUUCUUGUAAUGAUGGAUAUACUUGUUGUUUGCUUUCUGAUGGCAGAUAUGGUUGUUGUCCUUACCCAAAUGCAAACUGCUGCAAUGAUCACAUACAUUGUUGUCCAUAUAAUUAUUAUUGUCAAGUUCCAUACUGCAAUCCAAGGCGGAAGUUUGAGAAAAAGACAUUGACACUUACUAAAACAGUUUCAAAAAAACCUAGUAACUAUUUACUUCACCUGUAUGGUGCUUAUAAUGCAGUGAUAUGCCCUGAUAAGAGAUACACAUGUCCUGGAGGCCAUACAUGUUGCAAAAAGGAAAAUGGGGAAUAUGCCUGCUGUCCCUUUGUAAAUGCUGGUUGCUGCAGUGAUGGUGUUCAUUGCUGUCCGAAGGGAUUUUAUUGUGACUACAAAGAAAGAAAGUGCAAUAAAGAAUUAGUACGCAUGCCUCUGGGUAUUAAAACAAGGGCUAAGCCUAUUCCUAAGUUGCUGCAAGCAUUCUUAGGGUUAAAAAAGAAAGAAAUCAGCAAACCAAACACUGUAAAUUGCUCUGGUGGCAUAUAUUAUUGUAAGACUGGAGAGACAUGUUGUUUAACAUCAAAAGGCGUGUAUGCUUGCUGUCCAUUGCCCAAUGCUGUUUGCUGCUCAGAUCAUCAACAUUGCUGCCAACAUGGAACUAAAUGUGAUGUAAAACAAUUGAAAUGCGUGCCAAAAAAUGGAGGACUAGAUCAAGAAAUUUUAAAAAAACAUCCUGCACAAAUGCAUAAGCAUAUUAGCUCUAAAUUUCCUGUUCAAUGUCCUGAUCACACUCAUUAUUGCCCAGCUGGAUCAACAUGUUGUUUGACCUCCGCUGCUAGUUAUGGUUGUUGUCCAGUUCCAAAAGCUGUUUGUUGUGAAGAUGAAAAGCAUUGUUGUCCAGAAAAUUCAAAGUGCUUUUCUGGAAAAUGUGCAUUUUCUAAUGGCAAUGUUGUUACUGCUCUUGUAAAAAUGCCAGCAAAACCAAUGACCAUAUGCCCUGAUGGACACACUUCAUGUCCUGACAGUUGGACUUGUUGUAAAUCUGAACAAGGGUAUGGGUGUUGCCCUCUUCCAGAUGCUGUUUGCUGUGAUGAUCUUAAGCAUUGUUGUGAGAAUGGUUAUGAAUGUACAGCAGGGGUAUGUCACCUUGGCACGACACAGAAGUCUAUGGUAAAGCAUGUUUCAGGAUAUGUUAUCAGAAGCACAGAUACUGAUCAAAUUAAACUCUGCUCUGAUGGGAAAACGAAAUGUGAUGAAUCCAAAACAUGCUGUGAUAAAAUAUUGAAUGAAAGCUACUGUUGCCCCUUCCCUAAUGCAGUCUGCUGUCUUAAUAACAGUCAUUGUUGCCCACAAGGCUUCACUUGCUCUCAACAUGGAAUUUGCAACAAAAACGGUGUGUCAAAAUCACCAUUUAGAAACAUUUUCUCACAAAUUUGUCCUGAUGGUGUAACAGAAUGUCCAUCAAACAACACUUGUUGUAAAUUAUCUACUGGGGGAUAUGGAUGUUGUCCUUUGCCUCAAGCUACUUGCUGUUCUGACGGUGUACACUGCUGUCCGAAUGGUUAUUCCUGUUCGGCAGGUUAUUGUGUGAAAGGAGACGAAAGAAUCGAAGCAUCAAGACAUACCAGUGGCAUAAAAAAAGCCUUGGUAGUAUGUCCAGACGGAGUGUCACAAUGCCCUUCAGGAAGCACGUGCUGUAAACUGUCUACAGGAGGCUAUGGAUGUUGUCCCCUGCCCAAGGCUACCUGCUGUUCUGAUGGUGUUCACUGCUGCCCAAACGGUUAUUCUUGUUCAGCAGGUUCCUGUGUGAAAGGAAAGGAACAAAUUGAAGCGUCUAAACAUACUAGCUCUAUAAAGAAAGCCUUGGUAGUAUGUCCGGACGGCACGGAAUGUGCGACUGGGAGCACGUGCUGUAAAUUAUCUACUGGGGGAUAUGGAUGUUGUCCUUUGACUCAAGCUACCUGCUGUUCUGACGGUGUACACUGCUGUCCGAAUGGUUAUUCCUGUUCGGCAGGUUAUUGUGUGAAAGGAGACGAAAGAAUCGAAGCAUCAAGACAUACCAGUGGCAUAAAGAAAGCCUUGGUAGUAUGUCCAGACGGAGUGUCACAAUGCCCUUCAGGAAGCACGUGCUGUAAACUGUCUACAGGAGGCUAUGGAUGUUGUCCCCUGCCCAAGGCUACCUGCUGUUCUGAUGGUGUUCACUGCUGCCCAAACGGUUAUUCUUGUUCAGCAGGUUCCUGUGUGAAAGGAAAGGAACAAAUUGAAGCGUCUAAACAUACUAGCUCUAUAAAGAAAGCCUUGGUAGUAUGUCCGGACGGCACGGAAUGUGCGACUGGGAGCACGUGUUGUAAAUUAUCUACUGGGGGAUAUGGAUGUUGUCCUUUGCCUCAAGCUACUUGCUGUUCUGACGGUGUACACUGCUGUCCGAAUGGUUAUUCCUGUUCGGCAGGUUAUUGUGUGAAAGGAGACGAAAGAAUCGAAGCAUCAAGACAUACCAGCUCUAUAAAGAAAGCCUUGGUAGUAUGUCCAGACGGAGUGUCACAAUGCCCUUCAGGAAGCACGUGCUGUAAACUGUCUACAGGAGGCUAUGGAUGUUGUCCCCUGCCCAAGGCUACCUGCUGUUCUGAUGGUGUUCACUGCUGCCCAAACGGUUAUUCUUGUUCAGCAGGUUCCUGUGUGAAAGGAAAGGAACAAAUUGAAGCGUCUAAACAUACUAGCUCUAUAAAGAAAGCCUUGGUGGUAUGUCCGGACGGCACGGAAUGUGCGACUGGGAGCACAUGCUGUAAAUUAUCUACUGGGGGAUAUGGAUGUUGUCCUUUGACUCAAGCUACCUGCUGUUCUGACGGUGUACACUGCUGUCCGAAUGGUUAUUCCUGUUCGGCAGGUUAUUGUGUGAAAGGAGACGAAAGAAUCGAAGCAUCAAGACAUACCAGUGGCAUAAAGAAAGCCUUGGUAGUAUGUCCAGACGGAGUGUCACAAUGCCCUUCAGGAAGCACGUGCUGUAAACUGUCUACAGGAGGCUAUGGAUGUUGUCCCCUGCCCAAGGCUACCUGCUGUUCUGAUGGUGUUCACUGCUGCCCAAACGGUUAUUCUUGUUCAGCAGGUUCCUGUGUGAAAGGAAAGGAACAAAUUGAAGCGUCUAAACAUACUAGCUCUAUAAAGAAAGCCUUGGUAGUAUGUCCGGACGGCACGGAAUGUGCGACUGGGAGCACGUGUUGUAAAUUAUCUACUGGGGGAUAUGGAUGUUGUCCUUUGCCUCAAGCUACUUGCUGUUCUGACGGUGUACACUGCUGUCCGAAUGGUUAUUCCUGUUCGGCAGGUUAUUGUGUGAAAGGAGACGAAAGAAUCGAAGCAUCAAGACAUACCAGCUCUAUAAAGAAAGCCUUGGUAGUAUGUCCAGACGGAGUGUCACAAUGCCCUUCAGGAAGCACGUGCUGUAAACUGUCUACAGGAGGCUAUGGAUGUUGUCCCCUGCCCAAGGCUACCUGCUGUUCUGAUGGUGUUCACUGCUGCCCAAACGGUUAUUCUUGUUCAGCAGGUUCCUGUGUGAAAGGAAAGGAACAAAUUGAAGCGUCUAAACAUACUAGCUCUAUAAAGAAAGCCUUGGUAGUAUGUCCGGACGGCACGGAAUGUGCGACUGGGAGCACGUGUUGUAAAUUAUCUACUGGGGGAUAUGGAUGUUGUCCUUUGCCUCAAGCUACUUGCUGUUCUGACGGUGUACACUGCUGUCCGAAUGGUUAUUCCUGUUCGGCAGGUUAUUGUGUGAAAGGAGACGAAAGAAUCGAAGCAUCAAGACAUACCAGCUCUAUAAAGAAAGCCUUGGUAGUAUGUCCAGACGGAGUGUCACAAUGCCCUUCAGGAAGCACGUGCUGUAAACUGUCUACAGGAGGCUAUGGAUGUUGUCCCCUGCCCAAGGCUACCUGCUGUUCUGAUGGUGUUCACUGCUGCCCAAACGGUUAUUCUUGUUCAGCAGGUUCCUGUGUGAAAGGAAAGGAACAAAUUGAAGCGUCUAAACAUACUAGCUCUAUAAAGAAAGCCUUGGUAGUAUGUCCGGACGGCACGGAAUGUGCGACUGGGAGCACGUGUUGUAAAUUAUCUACUGGGGGAUAUGGAUGUUGUCCUUUGCCUCAAGCUACUUGCUGUUCUGACGGUGUACACUGCUGUCCGAAUGGUUAUUCCUGUUCGGCAGGUUAUUGUGUGAAAGGAGACGAAAGAAUCGAAGCAUCAAGACAUACCAGCUCUAUAAAGAAAGCCUUGGUAGUAUGUCCAGACGGAGUGUCACAAUGCCCUUCAGGAAGCACGUGCUGUAAACUGUCUACAGGAGGCUAUGGAUGUUGUCCCCUGCCCAAGGCUACCUGCUGUUCUGAUGGUGUUCACUGCUGCCCAAACGGUUAUUCUUGUUCAGCAGGUUCCUGUGUGAAAGGAAAGGAACAAAUUGAAGCGUCUAAACAUACUAGCUCUAUAAAGAAAGCCUUGGUGGUAUGUCCGGACGGCACGGAAUGUGCGACUGGGAGCACGUGCUGUAAAUUAUCUACUGGGGGAUAUGGAUGUUGUCCUUUGACUCAAGCUACCUGCUGUUCUGACGGUGUACACUGCUGUCCGAAUGGUUAUUCCUGUUCGGCAGGUUAUUGUGUGAAAGGAGACGAAAGAAUCGAAGCAUCAAGACAUACCAGUGGCAUAAAGAAAGCCUUGGUAGUAUGUCCAGACGGAGUGUCACAAUGCCCUUCAGGAAGCACGUGCUGUAAACUGUCUACAGGAGGCUAUGGAUGUUGUCCCCUGCCCAAGGCUACCUGCUGUUCUGAUGGUGUUCACUGCUGCCCAAACGGUUAUUCUUGUUCAGCAGGUUCCUGUGUGAAAGGAAAGGAACAAAUUGAAGCGUCUAAACAUACUAGCUCUAUAAAGAAAGCCUUGGUAGUAUGUCCGGACGGCACGGAAUGUGCGACUGGGAGCACGUGUUGUAAAUUAUCUACUGGGGGAUAUGGAUGUUGUCCUUUGCCUCAAGCUACUUGCUGUUCUGACGGUGUACACUGCUGUCCGAAUGGUUAUUCCUGUUCGGCAGGUUAUUGUGUGAAAGGAGACGAAAGAAUCGAAGCAUCAAGACAUACCAGCUCUAUAAAGAAAGCCUUGGUAGUAUGUCCAGACGGAGUGUCACAAUGCCCUUCAGGAAGCACGUGCUGUAAACUGUCUACAGGAGGCUAUGGAUGUUGUCCCCUGCCCAAGGCUACCUGCUGUUCUGAUGGUGUUCACUGCUGCCCAAACGGUUAUUCUUGUUCAGCAGGUUCCUGUGUGAAAGGAAAGGAACAAAUUGAAGCGUCUAAACAUACUAGCUCUAUAAAGAAAGCCUUGGUAGUAUGUCCGGACGGCACGGAAUGUGCGACUGGGAGCACGUGUUGUAAAUUAUCUACUGGGGGAUAUGGAUGUUGUCCUUUGCCUCAAGCUACUUGCUGUUCUGACGGUGUACACUGCUGUCCGAAUGGUUAUUCCUGUUCGGCAGGUUAUUGUGUGAAAGGAGACGAAAGAAUCGAAGCAUCAAGACAUACCAGCUCUAUAAAGAAAGCCUUGGUAGUAUGUCCAGACGGAGUGUCACAAUGCCCUUCAGGAAGCACGUGCUGUAAACUGUCUACUGGAGGCUAUGGAUGUUGUCCCCUGCCCAAGGCUACCUGCUGUUCUGAUGGUGUUCACUGCUGCCCAAACGGUUAUUCCUGUUCAGCAGGUUCCUGUGUGAAAGGAAAGGAACAAAUUGAAGCGUCUAAACAUACUAGCUCUAUAAAGAAAGCCUUGGUAGUAUGUCCGGACGGCACGGAAUGUGCGACUGGGAGCACGUGUUGUAAAUUAUCUACUGGGGGAUAUGGAUGUUGUCCUUUGCCUCAAGCUACUUGCUGUUCUGACGGUGUACACUGCUGUCCGAAUGGUUAUUCCUGUUCGGCAGGUUAUUGUGUGAAAGGAGACGAAAGAAUCGAAGCAUCAAGACAUACCAGCUCUAUAAAGAAAGCCUUGGUAGUAUGUCCAGACGGAGUGUCACAAUGCCCUUCAGGAAGCACGUGCUGUAAACUGUCUACAGGAGGCUAUGGAUGUUGUCCCCUGCCCAAGGCUACCUGCUGUUCUGAUGGUGUUCACUGCUGCCCAAACGGUUAUUCUUGUUCAGCUGGUUCCUGUGUGAAAGGAAAGGAACAAAUUGAAGCGUCUAAACAUACUAGCUCUAUAAAGAAAGCCUUGGUGGUAUGUCCGGACGGCACGGAAUGUGCGACUGGGAGCACGUGUUGUAAAUUAUCUACUGGGGGAUAUGGAUGUUGUCCUUUGCCUCAAGCUACUUGCUGUUCUGACGGUGUACACUGCUGUCCGAAUGGUUAUUCCUGUUCGGCAGGUUAUUGUGUGAAAGGAGACGAAAAAAUCGAAGCAUCAAGACAUACCAGUGGCAUAAAGAAAGCCUUGGUAGUAUGUCCAGACGGAGUGUCACAAUGCCCUUCAGAAAGCACGUGCUGUAAACUCUCUACAGGAGGCUAUGGAUGUUGUCCCCUGCCCAAGGCUACCUGCUGUUCUGAUGGCGUUCACUGCUGCCCAAACGGUUAUUCUUGUUCAGCAGGUUCCUGUGUGAAAGGAAAGGAACAAAUUGAAGCGUCUAAACAUACUAGCUCUAUAAAGAAAGCCUUGGUAGUAUGUCCGGACGGCACGGAAUGUGCGACUGGGAGCACGUGUUGUAAAUUAUCUACUGGGGGAUAUGGAUGUUGUCCUUUGCCUCAAGCUACUUGCUGUUCUGACGGUGUACACUGCUGUCCGAAUGGUUAUUCCUGUUCGGCAGGUUAUUGUGUGAAAGGAGACGAAAGAAUCGAAGCAUCAAGACAUACCAGCUCUAUAAAGAAAGCCUUGGUAGUAUGUCCAGACGGAGUGUCACAAUGCCCUUCAGGAAGCACGUGCUGUAAACUGUCUACAGGAGGCUAUGGAUGUUGUCCCCUGCCCAAGGCUACCUGCUGUUCUGAUGGUGUUCACUGCUGCCCAAACGGUUAUUCUUGUUCAGCAGGUUCCUGUGUGAAAGGAAAGGAACAAAUUGAAGCGUCUAAACAUACUAGCUCUAUAAAGAAAGCCUUGGUGGUAUGUCCGGACGGCACGGAAUGUGCGACUGGGAGCACGUGUUGUAAAUUAUCUACUGGGGGAUAUGGAUGUUGUCCUUUGCCUCAAGCUACUUGCUGUUCUGACGGUGUACACUGCUGUCCGAAUGGUUAUUCCUGUUCGGCAGGUUAUUGUGUGAAAGGAGACGAAAAAAUCGAAGCAUCAAGACAUACCAGUGGCAUAAAGAAAGCCUUGGUAGUAUGUCCAGACGGAGUGUCACAAUGCCCUUCAGAAAGCACGUGCUGUAAACUCUCUACAGGAGGCUAUGGAUGUUGUCCCCUGCCCAAGGCUACCUGCUGUUCUGAUGGCGUUCACUGCUGCCCAAACGGUUAUUCUUGUUCAGCAGGUUCCUGUGUGAAAGGAAAGGAACAAAUUGAAGCGUCUAAACAUACUAGCUCUAUAAAGAAAGCCUUGGUAGUAUGUCCGGACGGCACGGAAUGUGCGACUGGGAGCACGUGUUGUAAAUUAUCUACUGGGGGAUAUGGAUGUUGUCCUUUGCCUCAAGCUACUUGCUGUUCUGACGGUGUACACUGCUGUCCGAAUGGUUAUUCCUGUUCGGCAGGUUAUUGUGUGAAAGGAGACGAAAGAAUCGAAGCAUCAAGACAUACCAGCUCUAUAAAGAAAGCCUUGGUAGUAUGUCCAGACGGAGUGUCACAAUGCCCUUCAGGAAGCACGUGCUGUAAACUGUCUACAGGAGGCUAUGGAUGUUGUCCCCUGCCCAAGGCUACCUGCUGUUCUGAUGGUGUUCACUGCUGCCCAAACGGUUAUUCUUGUUCAGCAGGUUCCUGUGUGAAAGGAAAGGAACAAAUUGAAGCGUCUAAACAUACUAGCUCUAUAAAGAAAGCCUUGGUAGUAUGUCCGGACGGCACGGAAUGUGCAACUGGGAGCACGUGUUGUAAAUUAUCUACUGGGGGAUAUGGAUGUUGUCCUUUGCCUCAAGCUACUUGCUGUUCUGACGGUGUACACUGCUGUCCGAAUGGUUAUUCCUGUUCGGCAGGUUAUUGUGUGAAAGGAGACGAAAGAAUCGAAGCAUCAAGACAUACCAGUGGCAUAAAGAAAGCCUUGGUAGUAUGUCCAGACGGAGUGUCACAAUGCCCUUCAGGAAGCACGUGCUGUAAACUGUCUACAGGAGGCUAUGGAUGUUGUCCCCUGCCCAAGGCUACCUGCUGUUCUGAUGGUGUUCACUGCUGCCCAAACGGUUAUUCUUGUUCAGCAGGUUCCUGUGUGAAAGGAAAGGAACAAAUUGAAGCGUCUAAACAUACUAGCUCUAUAAAGAAAGCCUUGGUAGUAUGUCCGGACGGCACGGAAUGUGCGACUGGGAGCACGUGUUGUAAAUUAUCUACUGGGGGAUAUGGAUGUUGUCCUUUGCCUCAAGCUACUUGCUGUUCUGACGGUGUACACUGCUGUCCGAAUGGUUAUUCCUGUUCGGCAGGUUAUUGUGUGAAAGGAGACGAAAGAAUCGAAGCAUCAAGACAUACCAGUGGCAUAAAGAAAGCCUUUGUAGUAUGUCCGGACGGAGUGUCACAAUGCCCUUCAGGAAGCACGUGCUGUAAACUGUCUACAGGAGGCUAUGGAUGUUGUCCCUUGCUCAAGGCUACCUGCUGCUCUGAUGGUGUUCACUGCUGCCCCAAUGGUUAUUCGUGCUCUGGAGGCUUUUGUACUAAAGGUGGUGAUGUCUUAGUCGCUUCAAAACACUUUGGAGCUAUUUCCUUCCCCUCAGUUGUGGUGUGUCCUGAUAAGGUAUCGCAGUGUUCAGAUGGUAGUACGUGUUGUAGGUUAUCAAGUGGAGCUUAUGGCUGUUGUCCUUUGCGCAAUGCUGUCUGUUGCGAUGACCAUGUUCAUUGCUGUCCUGGAGGGUAUAGGUGCAGUGGCGAUGGAUAUUGUGAAGCUGGUACCCAAAAAAUUCUGGCAUCAAAGACUCUUCAAGUGGACAACAAAAAAGUCCCAGCACUUGAUGCCUUUUCGUAUCAUAAGGAUAAUACUGCAACGCACGUCUCCAGGGGCAGUUACUAUUCGCGAAGAGAUGAUUUUCUCAUGAAAGUUUUGCUUAAUCAAAUGAAGAAAUGUCCAAAUGGCAAAACAACCUGUAAGCAGUAUGAAACUUGUUGUGGCAGCCAGUGUUGCCCAUAUGGAAAUGAUUGCUCGAAAGAUGGAGUUAACUGUCAAGAAAAUGUCAAGAGCAAUAAGAUAGGGGAUACACUUUGUCCGGAUGGCAAAUCGAAAUGUCUUGCUGGUACAUCAUGCUGUUUGACGAAAGGAGACGUGUAUCAGUGCUGUCCAAUAGCGCAUGCCACAUGUUGUGACGAUGGUGUACAUUGUUGUCCAAAGGGCUGGAAUUGCUUAACAUCAAAAGGUCUUUGCAAACGCCCUGGUGUGUUAAGUUUUGUUGAGAUGAGAAAAACGGAAACCAGUGUGUCGGUAGUGGAAGAGGAAGUCCGUCAAGAUGGCGGAUAUGUCACGUUCUAAUUUUUACUUUUUUCUUAUAUUUCUGUUUUGUUGUGUUAGAGAUGUUGAAAAUUGAUAACUAGUUAUUUUUUCGACUUAAUUUUUUAUUUUGUGUUGUGUUGUUGGAAUUAUAUAUUAGAAUAAGUAGUUGAUAGAGAAUUUUGAUAAUUAUUCGUGUGUGUGUGUUUUGUUAAGUGAAAAACUUUUAAUACGUCAGCAUUCUUAAAAUGUUAUAUCUGUAGUUUUUGCUAGUUCAUGAUGUAUAGUUUAGUGUCUGUUUAUUAAAAUAAGAUUUGUCUUGGCGAUACACGCAAUUUUGAAGGAAAAAAUAAAGUCUUUAAUUUUUACUUCUAUGCUUAUGUAAUGUUGAUUUAGUUUGUAAUUUUUAUUCGUUAGAAUUCUUUUGCAUUUUUUUGAUUUUGUAAAAUUUGUAUUUUUUUUUACAUAUGAAAACUUACUGUUAUGAACGAGGUUAUUCACUCUACCAACCUCGAUUCCAGGCCCUGGGAUUAAGGUUGAUAGAACUUUAAACUAUAAAAAAUAAUUUGAAAGUCAGUCUUAUCAUGAGAGUCAUGAGAUAACAUUUUAGAUACACUAAGCGUGACUUCUUAUUUAAAUAAAACCCAAAUAUGCGAAAAUCUUUUUCGUCUUUCUUAAAACCAACUCGAAGAACAAUUAGGACUGACAAUCUUCCUCCUUCAACGUCUACCAGAAGGUGGCUGUUAGUCCUUUUACUAAACAAAAAAAAAGAAAAGAUGGCUUUACGUUGAUAUACGCAAUACUCAACCUCAUUCCCAGGGCAUUUUGAAUUGCUCCGUAAUAACAGCUUAGGCCACAAAACCAUUGGGACGAAGUUGCGCGAUACUGUUCGAGUGAUCGUGUAUCAAGUAAAUAAUUUUUCAAUGUAACAUUAAAGAAUGUAGACCUUAUACGUUGAAAGAUAACAAAACAGUUAAAGUGAA